UGCAACGUGCAACACCGCCGCCAACGACGAGAACAUCGCCAACGUCGCUCUUUACUGCAUCUUACGACCUCAAAUCACGGUUAGCGAUGCCCAUUAAACAUCUGGACAACUACCUGGUUGACCGUAAACACCUACAGACUCAACCCCUCCAUUUUCUUACUGAUUCACGCUUGGGUAUCGAUGCUUCUUACUACUUGACUCAACUCACAGAGACCCCUCCGUCUCGUGAACCCCUUCUUGCUGCCACUGGUGGUUUGCCCCUCGCUCUCACUUCGCGCAUUGAGUCUGACCUCCGUACUCUUGAAAAACUCCGCAUCAAGCCCGUCUUUGUCUUCCCGGGACUUCUCCCCAACCGCCGCUGGAAGCAGCAACAGCACCAGCAACAUGAGCUAAAUGAGGCUAUGCGCGAUAGGCGGGAGGCGUGGUCGAAAUACGAAGCCGGUCAGGAAGACGCCGCUACGAAACUCUUCGAAGCGAGGAGCGGUCUGCAACAGUGGGAUUUGUGGAGGAUGGUUCUCAGGAUUUUUAGGCACCGCAAUGUUGAAUUCAUUGUCGCGCCGUAUGUUGCGUGGGCACAACUCAUUUACCUUCAACGACACCAGAAGGCCUAUAUUCACGCGAUUUAUGGGCCGACUGACACGCUUCUUUACCCAGGAGUGGACAAGGUUAUCACGUCCCUGGACCUGACGUCCAACAACAACCCUACCUUCAAUUAUGUCGUGAAACGCUCUAUCCUAAAUGACCUUGGGCUUACGGAGGAUCAGUUCCUUGACGUCGGCAUCUUGCUCGGCUCAGAUCACUCGCAGACUUUCCCUCCGUCAAUGCAUCAGGAGGCAUUGAAGCAGACGGUGGAUAUGGUGAAAUAUUACAAGAACGGACAUACCGCUGUCUCCGCAUUCGCAGACCAACCUCAAGUCAAAGGAAUCCAAUAUCCCGAUCAUUUCGCUCGGACGCGUUGCAUGAUCAAGUAUUCCCUCAUCCUCUCCUCUGAUGGUGUCGUUGUCCCACUCCCUAUCGCCAGCCCAAGUCCCGCAACACAUAGCCACUCAAACCACCAUCCUCACCACCCAACCGCCGCGGACAUACCUUCUGACCUGCAUGAGAUCUUCACUCAUCGACUUCCAGAUGAAAUCUACUUUUAUCUCUCACGUGGACUUUUGGGUCCUCAGGCCUUGGUGUGGCUGACGUCUGGACAGAUCAUCGAAAACCCACCAUUGGACAAUGGUGAGAUAAACGAAUACAGACGGUUUAUCAAAGAGGUUAUCACAGAGGGCCAGACUGGUCCUCGGGCGACGGGCCUUGCGUUAGUUUCAAGUGUCGCUCACAAUUUCUGGAGCAAGCGACCCGUGACCGCACAUUUCUGGUUUGAGCAGUCAACGCCGCAGAAGACCAUUCUGCAUAAUUCCCAGCAGACCGUGCAGUUGACCGAGAGGGUGUCCAGCUGGACGGUGCCCUAUGCUAUCGUGGAGGAGGAGCUUAGAAUGCAGAACUCUUCCACUAUCGACUUCGCGCUAUGUUUAGGAGCAACGGCAUCCGAGAAGCUCGCAGCUCGCACAAGACCCAAAAAUGGACAAACGAUCACGCUGGACAAGAAAGAUGAAGUCGUUGCUAAUGUCAUUUGGCGUUUCCUGGAAUUACGAGGGUUCCUGUUGAACUCGCAUUCUCACUCGUCGCUGGCAAGGGCCAUGUUCGUGGCGAUACGAACAGCCCGUGUGAAUGACAAGUUCCAAGACUCGCUGUACUUGUUCCUGGAGCUUGUACGUGCAGGGGUUAUGCAUGGCCAUUUGUGGUCUGGUCGCGCAUUUAGUGGCGGACCGAGCUUCGGUACCGAUGAUGAGAAGAGUUGCAUGUUGCUCGUGAUGCGAGUGUUGAGCAUCGUUCCGUUGAGCUUCAAGCCCCAACCGUGGUCCGCGCCUCUAUCACGAGAAUUGCUCGUGUUCAACUCGUUUGUGCGUUCGCUCACACGGGCGUUGCGGACGUUACUGGAGGUGACUUCCCUGAACAUGCUCCUGCGCCACGACGCGCGGCAAAAUCGGGAAGAUCUACUGGAUAUCAACUUAUCCCUGCCAUUCCAGAGCGAGGUGAACACAGGAUUUGGGGUGCUUGCGAAAGUCUACCUGGAUGCGCUGACGCACAUCAACAAUCGACAACGGGUCCGGGAUCCUAACGCUGAAGGGGUGAAGGAAGCGAAAGCCAUGGCCCUUGAAAUUUGUGAGGAAACAUUCCCUGGUGUGAAGAACCCGAAGCAGGAAGUCGAACGGGGGUUCCGAUUCUGGGACGUGGACAAGGUUUUGCAGGUUUACUGACUGGGACUUCUUUUUUCUCCGUCAUUUCCGCUUGACUUGCAGGCGCUGACCGCCAUGCGGCAGCUGCAUUCUGAAGGCGCUGUUCUUCGUGAGCUGAUUGACCAGUUUGAGGCAGCUGAGGCUUGGUUGGCUCCGAUGAGACCGUGAGGAGGGGUCAGACAGACUGGUAUGUUGCUCUGCAAUGUUUACUUUCUCUUACGCGGGUGUGGGCAUGGAAGAGGGGUGCGAGGGGUGCGAAGCAUCGGAUUGUUGGGGCGGUAUGUUUGUGUAGCAUACGACUGUGACAGGGAGUAUACUAUGUGCUAUACAAUUCUGUGCAUAUGACUUGGGGAAGUGCGAGGGCUAU